AUGGACGUGGACAAUAUCAAUUGGACUUUGAAAAUUGUGAUAGUGGUUCUUCAAGGUAUUGGGGCAAUCCCGGAUUCAUCACUAGCGGCAAUGACAAACCACAAGGAUCUCGGUGUUCAUACAGAAUUACUUGGCGAUGGAGUGGUCGAUCUGAUUGAGAGAGGAGUCAUCAACAAUUCGAAAAAGUCUGUCAUACCUGGAAAGGUCGUGACAAGUUUUGCCUAUGGAACUCAGCAGUUCUACCGUUUCCUCCAUAAUAACCCUAUGAUACACUUUGACUGCUGUAGCUGGACAAAUCAUAUCCACAUUGUGAGAUCUAAUUCGAAGAUGGUUUGUAUCAAUUCAGGGAUAGAAAUCGAUAUUACUGGACAGAUUGCCUCCGAUUCAAUAGGAACUACCUUCUACUCAGGUUUCUUCAUAGAUCGCAGCUUACGCUAG